AAUGUGAUUUGACAUUCCUUCCUUCCUUCCCAUUUCCUCCCAAUGUCAAUUCUCUUUACUUUCAAGUAAUAAGUAUCAACUAUCACAUUAUCAAUACUGUACUCUGAAUGCCGACUUAACAUUUUAUAAUAGUACUUUAUUUAUAAUAAUUUAUGUGAUAUUUAAUUUAUCAUAGUUGUAUCUCUAGUAUUCACAAAGACACAGGCACUGUAUUGUAGAUAAUUGUUAGAGCGCGCGUUUGCCUAAUAAUGUCUGACAACGAUGACGAUUACAUGUGUGAAGAGGAGGAGGACUAUGGCUUGGAGUAUUCUGAGGACAGUAACUCAGAACCAGAUGUAGACCUUGAGAACCAAUACUACAACAGUAAAGCUCUAAAAGAAGAUGAACCAGCUGCGGCAUUACUCAGUUUCCAAAAGGUUUUAGAGCUUGAAGGCGGGGAGAAGGGAGAAUGGGGUUUUAAGGCUCUUAAGCAAAUGAUUAAAAUAAAUUUUAAAUUGGGAAAUUUCAUGGAGAUGAUGACAAGAUAUAAACAACUUCUUACAUAUAUUAAGAGUGCGGUAACAAGAAAUCAUUCUGAAAAAUCAAUUAAUUCAAUCCUUGAUUACAUCUCCACCUCUAGAAAUAUGGAGCUUCUUCAAGACUUCUAUGAAACUACUCUUGAAGCAUUAAAGGAUGCAAAAAAUGAUAGGCUUUGGUUUAAAACAAAUACUAAGUUGGGAAAAUUGUAUUAUGACAGAGGAGAUUUUAAUAAAUUAGCUAAGAUUCUUAAGCAACUACAUCAGAGUUGUCAGACUGAUGAUGGUGAGGAUGACCUUAAGAAAGGCACACAACUUUUAGAAAUCUAUGCUUUAGAAAUACAAAUGUACACAGCACAAAAGAAUAAUAAGAAAUUAAAAGCGCUUUAUGAACAAUCACUGCAUAUCAAAUCGGCCAUACCACAUCCACUCAUCAUGGGAGUAAUAAGAGAAUGUGGUGGUAAAAUGCACCUGCGUGAAGGAGAGUUUGAAAAAGCCCAUACAGACUUUUUUGAGGCAUUUAAAAAUUAUGAUGAAUCAGGAAGUCCACGUCGUACAACCUGUCUCAAGUAUUUAGUACUGGCUAACAUGCUUAUGAAAUCUGGCAUUAAUCCAUUUGAUUCUCAAGAAGCAAAACCAUACAAAAAUGAUCCAGAAAUACUCGCAAUGACAAAUUUAGUGAUGGCAUAUCAGAAUAAUGACAUAAAUGAAUUUGAGUCUAUUCUAAAACAUAAUAGAAACAAUAUAAUGGAUGAUCCUUUUAUCCGAGAACACAUUGAGGAUCUUUUACGAAACAUCAGAACUCAAGUUUUGAUUAAGCUAAUUGGUCCAUACACUAGGAUUCAUAUUCCUUUUAUAUCUAAAGAAUUAAAUAUUGAUGAGAAAGAGGUGGAGAACCUACUUGUGACAUGCAUUCUUGAUAAUACUAUUAGUGGUCGUAUCGAUCAAGUGAACUCAGUGCUGGAACUAGCAAGUAGUACCCGCGGCGCAGCGCGAUAUUCCGCCCUUGAUAAGUGGACUACGCAACUCGCCGGCCUUCACUUGGCUCUGGCUAACAAGCUCGCUUGACUUUUGUAACUACCCUUCUUUUUACAAUGCCUACACUCAUGCCGUUGGCAGAAGAGGUACACCUUUGUUACUAAAGUUCAGUUUUAAGAAAAAUCAGUAGAAAUGAUGAUAGCUCAGUUGUACAAAAAAACAAUUUUAUUUUGUAAUUACUAUACAACCUGUCUCUAAUUGACAAUAUUAUGAUUCCCAAUAAGUAUCUUCUGAAGAAAACAAUUGUAAAAUAAAGUUUGAGUUAUUUGUAAAUUACAUCUUUUCUAGAACUU